AUGAAUAAUUCUGAUCGUGAGUGGAUGUAUGGUAGAGUAUUGGAAGAUGGAUUCAUAAAUCCUAGAUUUAUUAUAGGGGUUGAGGAGUUUGUUGCAUUUGCUAAAAGACAUCCAGAAUGCAUGGAUUGUGAAAAGCUAAGAUGUCCUUGUAACACCGGUUCAGAGCAUAUAUGGGAAAGCUGGCAGGCACACUGGUCAUCGGAAAAGUGGCUUGAAAAAUCUCGUGUCGCCACUCAAAAUCGGUGUAGCGAGACUGGUGGUCCAGGCACUGGUCCGAGCAAGCAUACCGGUGGUUCUAGGUCUACAGUGGAGCAUACUAUAAAAUUGGCAAUAGAAUUACAUCGUCCAGCAAAUUCAUGGGAUAUAUUUAAGAAGCUGCAUAAAAGAAAGGAUGGGAACUUUGUGGAUACCAAGUCUAAGACUGUUGGUGAUAAAAUGGAAGUUGCGAUGGCUACUGCUAUUCUGAGCUCAUCCGAUGAUUCACAAAAAUUUCAAAAUGCCGAUAUAAAUCGCCUAAACUUGGAUGUUGUCGGCGGAGAGAAGAAAAGACGUGUGUAUGGAUUGGGCUCUCAAGCUGCGACUUUGUAUCAAGGCUGCAAUUCUGCCACUUCACGCCAUUUGCCUGUAGUACCAGAUCCCGCUGCUGACGAGCGCAUCAAAGUGCUUGAGGAGGAGGUGUUGCGUAUGAGAGAAACACAAGAGAGGAUUCUUCAAGAGCGCGUGGAGGCAGAGGUGCAACAACGCGUAGACCAAGAGGUCUCGCGUUUGAAUCAACAGAAGGAUGAUCGAUUUCGGUCUAUGGAGGAGCGAUGGAUGCGCAGGAUGAGCGAGAUGGCAUUAUCAUCUCACCCAUCUGGUGUUCCUACUCCCUUUAACAGGGACUAACCAAAUGCUUUAGUAUUUAACAUUGUUAGACUUUAGCUACUUGGAUACUCUCUAAGUGCUAUUUUAACGUUGGCAGGCUUUUGAUUAUUGGAUGCUUUGUAAUUUUUAAUAUGUUUAGACUUUUGCUAGUAGAACUUAUAUUUUGGCAUGUUUUAA